AUGAAGUUUGUACUGAUCACGUAUCACCUCUCCCUGUUCUUAUUAACCUUUAGUAAUGCCAAACACAAAAGUUACGGAAGUAAACUCGCACGUGCUGAUCAGUUCCCAUUUGUAGUCUCGCUGUCUUACAAUAACCGAGAAUAUUGCGGUGCGUCAAUCAUUCACGAACGUUGGAUUCUUACAGCUGCCCACUGUUUAUUUAAACAUGACGAGGAAUACGGUUACCUCACGGAUGACACUAUGGUUACUACCAGAUCUGGUAUUACAUAUAAAAUGAAAAACUUAUACAAACAUCCCGAUUUCAUUUUAAUACCCGAAGAAGAAAACGAAGUGAGUAAUAUCUAUAUUAUUAUGGUUAUUAUGGGGACUGAAAACGAAAUUUUAUAUAAGGGCAUGGAAUACGUCGUUAACGAUAUUGGUCUGAUACGUCUAUCACACAAUAUCUCCUUCAACGAUAAAGUCCAGCCAGUUACACUGGCAACGAUGAAAGAUGGUUCUUACGAAAAUGUGACAGCAACUUUACCAGGUUGGGGACGUACUAGUUACGGUGAUCACAGUCACAAGUAUCUGCGCUACAUCACAGUUCGCGUAUUAGCUCAUGCUGAAUGUCGGAGAGCAUGGACGUACGCUGAUAAACAUAUCUGUACCUCUACUCGGGAGAAACAAGGAGCGUGUUACGGCGAUUCAGGCUCACCAUUGGUUGUGGGUAAUAUACAAAUUGGAGUUACAUCUACAGCCGAUACUUACUGCGAGGCACUGAAGCCUGACCUUUAUACCAAAGUGGCUAGCUUUGUACCAUGGAUCAAGAGAAUCAUGAGUCACUAUGGAGACAUCUUGCCAGAUUUAUAG